UUCACUGCUGUUCAGUGAAGAACAAGUAGACAACUGUGUUUGCGUCUGAUACUAAUUAUUAGAAAUCGAUAAAAAGUGUCCCGUGAAAAGAAUCAUUAUUGUGCUGAUCCCAAUCAAAAACAUGUGAAUUUGCUUGUAGUCUAUCAAGCUAAGCUACAUAAAAUGGUGGUAAUUGGAGGAACUUGAAUCGAGGAUCGCACUGUUUUGCUUUCUAGGGAGGUAGUUAGCUGCAUUUGGCAAACCUGUGAAGCUUCCAGUAUAAUACAUUUAUGUAACUCUGGGCCAUCAUUUCAACGUCACCGGAGAGUGAACACUGGAUGCAAUACAGGAAUCGUAUUGAAAUUUUCGAGGCACAGUGAAACUCUCAUCUGUUCGGAGUCAGCAGAAUACAGUGCGAAUAAAAAUAACAUGGGGAACAACGCUACAUCCACAAAUAAAAAAGUUGAUGCUGCGGAGAGCGUAAAGGAAUUUUUAGAUCAAGCAAAAGAAGAUUUUGAGGAGAAAUGGAAACGGAAUCCUACCAAUACUGCUGCCCUGGAUGAUUUCGAGCGUAUUAAAACGCUCGGAACUGGUUCUUUCGGAAGGGUCAUGAUAGUACAACACAAGUCAACCAAAGAUUACUAUGCUAUGAAAAUACUGGAUAAGCAAAAGGUAGUCAAGCUCAAACAGGUUGAGCAUACCCUAAACGAAAAAAGGAUUCUACAAGCAAUUUCCUUCCCAUUUUUGGUUAGCUUGAAAUUUCAUUUCAAAGACAAUUCAAAUUUGUACAUGGUUCUGGAGUAUGUUCCUGGUGGAGAAAUGUUCUCUCACUUACGUAAGGUGGGAAGAUUUUCGGAACCCCAUUCACGUUUCUACGCUGCGCAAAUAGUUCUCGCUUUCGAGUACUUACAUUAUCUAGAUUUGAUAUACCGUGACUUGAAGCCCGAAAACCUGUUGAUCGAUUCGCAAGGCUAUCUCAAAGUAACGGACUUUGGAUUCGCAAAACGCGUGAAAGGAAGAACUUGGACUCUUUGUGGAACUCCCGAAUAUUUGGCUCCGGAAAUCAUUUUAAGCAAAGGUUACAACAAGGCCGUCGACUGGUGGGCACUAGGCGUUUUGGUAUAUGAAAUGGCAGCUGGCUAUCCCCCAUUUUUUGCUGAUCAACCUAUACAAAUCUACGAGAAAAUCGUGUCUGGAAAAGUUAGAUUUCCGUCACACUUUGGCUCCGAGUUGAAGGAUCUUUUAAGAAACUUGCUUCAGGUGGACUUGACCAAACGCUAUGGUAACUUGAAAGCAGGUGUAAACGAUAUUAAAGGCCACAGAUGGUUUGCUUCCACUGAUUGGAUUGCUGUGUUCCAAAAGAAAAUCGAAGCUCCAUUCAUACCACGCUGUAAGGGACCUGGAGACACAAGCAACUUUGAUGACUACGAAGAAGAAGCAUUAAGGAUCUCAAGCACCGAAAAGUGUGCGAAGGAGUUUGCCGAAUUCUAAGAUACGAGAAAACAGAGUUUAAUAUACUGCAAUCAUCAAAAACUAGAAUUUUAUAGAAUAAUUUGUACGUCACAAAACUCUCAACAUAAGGCAAAUAGUAAUGACCAAUCAGACCAAACCACUAUCAUCGCAAAGCUGAUUGCAUCCAGUACAAAAUCGAUGUGUCAUUAGUAUUGUAAUGAAAUUAAAAUCGUCUAUACGCUGCUGUUACCACAAUCAUAUGAUCAUCCCGAAUGUACUGGAUACACGCUGGAAAAGAAAAUCGGAUGUCAACUCGGCACGACUCCUGAUAACAGUGGCUUCUCAAGCUUUUUAUAAUGGAGAGUUUAGGUAUCUACAACAUAACACUAACUCGAUUAUCAUGUCGGAUUACAUAACACAGAAUACAACAGAAAACAUGUUAUAACAUUACAUAAUUAUGAUAAGUAACGUUGCAUGAUUCUUCAACAGCAGUAUAAUAAACAAAUAUGAAGCAAACAAUAGUUCUAUAGACAAAAAAGUUUAAAUUAAUGGAUUUUAUAUACAUUACUAUAAAUAGCAAUGUAGGCUUCCUUAUUUUAUUUAUUGUAUAAAACAUUGAGAGCGUUGUCGGGUCAGUGAAGAGUUUGAUUCGAAUAGUACUAUGUGCUGUUCUGUUAAUAAUUAUUGUUAGUUGUAUAUACUUUCCUUACAAUAAAUCUCUGCUGAUAACAAAA